CCAAGGCCUCUGACAUCAAUGUUCCGGCACGAAGGGGCCGUUGGGGAGAGUAUCAAGACUCACGGGGACGAUACCAUGGCUAAGGGUGACAACGACCUAGAUGACUUUACUGAUAUCGACAACAAUUGGAGCCGUCAUCCGGCCUUGCAGUUCCAUCCUUGCUGGAUGGAAGGCGGUAGAGAUUCAUAGCAUCAAACGGCGCUCGAUUACCACACCAAGCUCUCAGACGGUUGUCGCCACGCACCCUAAGACCAUCGCGGCACAGAAGUCUGUUCUGCAGUUGGACCAUAUCAGUGGCUCCUCACUCACGUUUCCAGUGCACAAUAGCGGGAUUCUUCCGGGAAUAGGUGAAUAGACGUCGGGUCAUGUAUGCUUGACCUACUCUGCGUCCACUAAUUCGGAUUGAUGUGUGUCUGUCGCAAUGUCUUUCAGUGAGACACGGGAUCAGGAAUAUAUGAGACAUGAGCAAGGGGUUGGACUGUGGGAUUCAUAAUCCAAGAGUUGGAUUUCGUCAUACCAAGGCUUGCGUGGAACUCGUCCGACAAAUGAUCCAUUAUCCGACACUAAAGUAUCAAUAUACGUAGGGAAGGGGCCAUUGAUAUCAAGAUUUACGGGGGUUCUACCAUGGAUAAGGACUGACGUUUUCCUCGUUUUCCUCGGUAACGAGAGUUGCCCCCAUGGGAAAAUUCAAUGGGGCGGGGUAGUUGUGUGGAUCGGGCUGGAAUCGGGAAAUGGUGGGCUGACUCUGGUCGACGUCGAUGAGCU